AUGGCGAGCCUGAGAAGAGCUCUAGUUAACGUCCACCGUAUCCUCAACUCCACCACCGCACCCAGUCACAUCUCAGUUAUAUCCCCUUUAAGGUCUCAAUAUGGGCUGUUUUCACGUUAUUCAACGUUAAACAACAAUGACAAUAAAAACCCAUCAUUCGAUAUUGACCUCUCUAAUGAAGAAAGCAAAAGGAGAUUAUGUAACAGGCUGUUGUAUAGGAGUAGACAAAGAGGGUUUUUGGAGCUGGAUUUGGUGUUGGGGAAAUGGGUAGAAGAGCACAUUUAUUCUAUGGAUGAAAAUGGUGUUAAAGCACUUGUUGAUGUCCUUGAUUUGGAAAAUCCAGAUCUUUGGAAAUGGUUAACUGGACAGGAGCAACCCCCAGAGGCAGUGAGCAUAAAUCCUGUCUUCUCUGCGGUGCGUGACAAGAUCAUGAACAACCUCAGGAUCCAUGCUGCCCCUGAGACACGGGCAAUACCUGGACAGCCAUGGGUAAGAGGAUGGGAUGAUAUCAAGAAAAGUGCUGGCAGCCCUGUAGCUGGAAACCAGUAG